CUCCAGCCCCGCGUCAGGGCUCAGCUCAGCGGGACGUUGCUCGGUGAUCAACCGGCUGUUCCUCCGGUUCAGUCAUGUGGCAGAGGAUUCAGAUUUGCUGCGCACUGUUUGCACUGUAUUCAGCGGCACCGCCUGCACACAUCAACCGCCUGGCGUUGUUCCCUGACAAGAGCGCCUGGUGCGAAGCCAAGAACAUCACACAGAUAGUCGGGCACACGGGAUGUCAGCCUCGCUCUAUUCAAAACAGAGCUUGUCUGGGCCAGUGCUUCAGUUACAGUGUUCCCAACACGUUCCCUCAGUCGACCGAGUCUCUGGUGCACUGUGACUCCUGCAUGCCUGCUCAGACACAGUGGGAAGUGGUGACUCUGGAGUGCCCUGACAGUGAGGACUCCCCUCAUGUUGACAAGCUGGUGGAGAGGAUCUUCCACUGCAGCUGCCAGUCCUGCAGUAAGGAGGGCGCCCAGGAGGGAGCAGUGAUGCAGCUGUACCCAGCAGACAACGGCCUGGACGCUCCAACUUUACCCGACACCCUCAGCGGGGCUCAUCCUCACCCUCACCCACUGCCCCACUCAGACACACACUCUCAUAAGCAUGCUCACCCACACACAGACCAUCACUCACUACCACACUCCUCAGACGGAGGGUAGGUCUGUCGUCUGUCUCACUUCCUCUCUUCCGCCUUCUCUCCUCCACACUGCAUCCUUUGUACCAGUUUGUAGUAUUGUAAAGGCACCUUCAAAAUAAGACUUCCCUUUGUGUUAAAGAAAUGACACACACACGCUCACACAGUCAACUUAUCUGAUUACACACUCUUGUAUAUAAACUCAUGCAAACACACCAGCUUACGCAAUUUUUUUUGUUUGCUGAUU